AUGGGUCUGCUCCUGAAGAUUUCCAUCCCCUUGCUGGGACUGGUGCUAGCCUUUUAUUUCUAUUCAGCACCUGAGAAUUUCAAUGAAGAGAUGCUGCGGGGGAAACGGGUGAUUGUGACUGGAGCCAGCAGUGGCAUCGGGGAGCAGAUGGCAUAUCACCUGGCACGCAUGGAAACCCACCUACUGCUCACAGCACGGACAGAGGCCAAGCUCCAGAAAGUUGUGGAGCGGUGCCUCGAGCUGGGUGCUGCAUCCGCCCGCUAUGUGAGCGGCUCCAUGGAGAACACCACAUUGCCCGAAGCGGUGGUGAAGGAGGCUGAGAACAGCUGGGGAGGCCUUGAUAUGCUCAUCCUAAAUCACAUUGGUCAAUCCUACUUCAACUUCUUCAAUGGGGACGUUGGGCAUGUGCGAAAGCUCAUGGAGACCAACUUCAUCAGCUACGUGGCAAUGACCACGUCUGCCCUGCCCAUGCUGAAGGAGAGCGAGGGCAGCAUCGUCGUUGUUUCAUCCAUGGCAGGUAAAACUGGUGGCCCAUUUAUUGCUCCCUAUUCUGCAACUAAGUUCGCUUUAGAUGGAUUUUUCAGCUCCUUGAGAAAUGAAUUCAUCAUAGACAAGGUCAAUGUCUCCAUCACACUUUGCAUCCUGGGCUACAUUAACACAGAGAGCGCCAUGCGAGUGGUCUCACACGUCAUCCGGGACACGCCAGCACCGAAGGAGGAGUGUGCCCUGGAGAUCAUCAAGAGCGGGGCACUGCGCCAGCGGGAGCUGCACUACCCAGCCCGGGCCAUGGGCAGCCUGCUCCUCCUCCGGGCCAUAGCCCCCGACUUCCUCGAUUCCCUCAUCAGGAGCAACUAUAAGGUGGAAAACAUCAGAAGAACGUAACCCCUGGGACAGCAAGCAUGGCAGGACACCAAGCAUGGCAGGACACCCUGGGUCAGGCAGGAGGGAUCUGGGUGUUAAUCUGGCUGCUUGGGUGCCCUCUUCCAUGUCACUGGGGCAGCCCCAUCCUCAUGUGUCCUGACAACCUGAGAUGAGGUGCAUCAGAGGCCUAUAAAAGGACACUUCUAUGCUGUGUGUUCAGUAAUGGACUAUUGCAACUGGCUAUUUCCAACCAAGAGGCACUUCAGAGAAGCUCCUGGCAGCAGAAUCUGUUGCCAGUGUCCUGCUCACCAGCAGGUUUCCUGCUCAACCUCCAGAAGCCUUUUCCCCACGGAAACCCACGCAAGCCACGGUGCUGAGCACGGCGGGAAGCGAGCCAAGCGUGGCCCAGAACGAGGAUUUGGGCCAAGCAGCACAAACAACCCAAAGCCACCAGAGGUUCUUGGAACUGGGAAACUUGUCACGUGUCCCUUCUAGCCUAGUCUUUAUGAAAAUAAAUCCUAAGUUGCUUUA